AUGGAUGAAAUAUUUGAUAGGAAUGAUGGAGAUAUUAAUUGUGAAAUGGAAAGUGUUGUAGAAUCAUUCAAGGGAUGUCCAAAAAAUGGAUGGAAUUCAGUAUUGGAUCAAUAUUCGUAUAAAGUUUAUGCUAAUUUGUGGAUUAAUUAUCCUAAACUGAGAGAAAUAUUUGCGAAAUCAUUGAUAGUGUUUGUUCCAGUAGAAGUGAUUGUGAACUAUGAUCAAUUUUUUAGAUUAAUUAAUAAGGGAGAAAUCUCAAUGAAUCAACUGAAAUUUAUUCGAAUUCAAGGGGAUAGAACUCGAGAAUUAAAAUUGGAAAUAGGGAAUGAAUCUUUCUUACUGGUUGAUGUUAAGAAAUACACAACAUUAGGCAAUAGACAAGCCCGUUUAAGGAGAUGGCAAGAACUUAAUUCCAAUGCCAAAUUUGGAAUCGUUAUUCAAAGUCUCAUUAGUUUCGAUCAUCCUUUUGAAUUUUCUGAAUAUGAAUUCUUUGAUUCGAUUGGAAUUAUCAAAGAAUAUUUAACCCAUAAGGCAUCAAAGGAAUUGCGAAUUGUUUUCAUGUUUACAAUGGCCGAUUUACUAUAUGAAAAAUCAACUUUCCAAUCCAAGAAUUUGAAAGAACCCACUAGAGAUCGAAUAGAAUUGAAACAUAUUGGAAAUAUGAAUAAGGAACGAGAUUUGAUUAAUUCAGUUCUUGACUUUUAUCAAAACGUGUUUGAGACUUUCAGAGAGAAUGAAAAAUUCGAGUAUCAUAUUAUUAAUAAUCUGUCCACUGAUGAAUCAUAUCAAGCACUGAUAGAAUCGAAUAAGGAAAACGAUGAUCCAACCAAGCAGGUCAUUAUUUCUAGAUCAUUGAUAAGGCGUUCGCUGGGAGUUUUAUACAAAAUGAUUGGUCAAUCACAAUUAUCAGAUGAAGUUGAAAUUGAUAUUGGUGAUGAUAUGGAUGAUGAUCCAAUCCAACCAGUUACUCAUCAAUCAAGUGGAGGAUAUGAUCCAGAAUUUGAAGAAAUGAAGAAGAAAUUCAAAAAACCAACUGGUGCCUCAGAAGGUUGUGUUAAUUGCAUUAUGAAGGAAUAUAUGAAGACUAAAGCUAACACUGAAAAGUUUGGUAUUGGUGCUAAUCCUGACAAUGUAAGCUAUGAGCUUUUACAAUUCAACUCUUCCUGGGCCUUCAAAGAAGACAAUUUCGAGAGUCAUUUUGAUUUAGAGUUAUAUGUUUUUGUUGGAUAG